GUGUGGGGAUAAAUAUAUAUUUUUUUUUUUAUAUAAAAGGAACGAAUAAGGAAAACACGAUGCAGCUGACAACGUGCUGCCGAUGCUUUUCACUCAGGACUGGGACCAUAAUCAGCGGAAUAUGUGGAAUAGUUCUUGCUGUAAUCGCCAUAAUAAUCAUGCUGACAACGGAAGUCGAGUGGAAAACUAUCGUGAUUGACUUUCUGCCACAGUCGGUAGUCAAAAUUAUAUUGGCGAUAAAUUUGUGCAUGACGAUCCUGAUCUCAACGCUGUUGAUCAUCGGAGUGUUCAAGCGAAAUACAUUUUUGAUGCUGCCUUGGGUCGUGCUGGGUAUUAUGCUGGCCGUAUCGCUUUUGAUCAGCGUAAUAUACACGUCGGUGAUGCUCUUUAUAAACGAGGAUGUACUCAACGGUUCUCUGUGGAUAGUAUUCGGUCUGAUAUCCGUUGUUGUUUACGUCUACAUGUGGUUGGUCGUAUACAGCUUUUUCCAACAAUUGCGUUUCGAGAAGGCCAACGUGAGAAUUGGGCCUUACGGAAGACCCUACAAUUACCGCAAGGCAUAGACUGCACACGUACUACAUACAACGACAGGUUGAAGAAAUCUAAUUGUGGAGCAAAGGAAUCUCGUUCAAAUUGUAAAAUAGUCAUUAUUUGAACAAAUUUUUUUACGUCGAAGAAAUUUCACCAAAGCAUCACACAUGACAAAAUAUACAUAUAUCGUGCGAAUCAUUCACUCUCAUCCCAAUGUAAUUGUGCCCUAUUUUAAGUAUAAAUGACUCUCAACACUCAUACUCAGUGUAACCAAAGUAAGGAUAUUUUGUUUGUGUAUAAUAUAAAUACUCAGGUAAAAGAGUGCGAGGUAUAAAUAAUUUUUUUUUUUCUUUUUCUUUCUUAUCUUUAAGUUUUGUUCCAAAUUUUUUAUACGUUCAUUUUUAUCUCAUUAUUACACGUCAAACGUAGCCC